CUCCUUCCCCACUUUUAAGUGGGAAGUUAUUUCGAAGAGUAGUUUGGAAAGAGAGAAGGGGGAAAAAAAAAAAAGAGAAAAUAUCCUGCAGGCAUAAAAGCACCGUUAAGAUUUCCUUCUCGCGCGCUUUGGGUAACUUCCUCGGUCGUGUUUGGCCCGCGCCUAAUCCGGUUACUUCCCCUGAAAGGGUUAACUCUCCCCGCUACUUUCGAAGCACCUGUUUCUUUAGCUUGCAGAAAACCGGCCAGACUCGGCUGGAUCAAUAUUUGCAUUUCCGUAUAGGAAAACACUAACCCUAAUCCAUUUAAUAAGGACGGUUGGCGAUUCCAUUAGCAAAUUGUGCGCGGAAAAGCAUCAACUAUGAACGGGUUUCCCAGCUCGGUUUUCGCUUUGUUCGCAACCGUUUGCCUGUGCGCGGGUUCCUGCGAUGGAGGGCGAACGCGGGUGAGUGGUUUUGUUCCGACGAGACAGGCAAAGCAACCGACGAGUUUGUGCAUUUAAAAAAAAAAAAAAAAAUUAACACGUGGAGAGAGAGGAGGUCACCCCACCCUGGGACCUUUUAAUCCAGCUCCACUCCUCCUCUCCUUGCUUUUUCUUCCAGGAACAAAGCAAGACCCAUGAUUCAUAACAGCCAGAACAAUCUCAGCGGGUCAAAUGGGAAACGUGGCCAAUAACGCUCUUCCGAUUGUCCCCAUUUCAUUAAGGUAAUGGGAAGCGCCGGGGCACCCAGCCCCCCCUCUGCGUCAGCAACAGCAGCUGGGGGAUCUGGUAGGCUGCCGGUGGCCGAAGCUGCGGAGACAUUUCCCAGCGGAUCCUGCCCCCCCCCCCGCCGCCCACCACGAUUGAUCACCGAGCGUCCCCCUUCCGCUGCUGCCUCUCCGCCGACACGCGCUGCGCUCGGGGUUGCCGGCAAAGUUGUCUCUUGCUCCUUUCCGGCGGCUGCUUAGGCUCGGAGCCCCCUCGCACCCCGGCGCGCCUGCCAGCCCGGAGAGGAUCGAGGCUCCUUCCCGUGCCCGGCAGAGGCGGGAGCAGGGCGCCGACGGCAGGAGCCGCUGUGUGGGCAGCAUGCAGCUGUGCCGGGGCCGCGCGUUGGGCAUCUCCGUGGCGGUGGCGCACGGGGUUUUCUCCGGCUCGCUCAACAUCCUGCUGAAGUUUCUCCUCAACCGCUACCACUUCACCUUCCUGACGGUGCUGCAGUGCCUGACCAGCUCCACGGCGGCGCUCAGCCUGGAGGUGCUGCGGCGGCGGGGCGCCCUGGAAAUGCCGCCCUUCAGCUUCAGCCUGGGGCGCGCCUUCGCGGGGGCCACGGUCCUCUCCACGCUGCAGUCCAGCCUCACCCUCUGGUCCCUGCGCGGGCUCAGCCUGCCCAUGUAUGUGGUCUUCAAGCGCUGCCUGCCCCUCGUCACCCUCCUCAUCGGCGUCCUGGUGCUCAAGAACGGCGUCCCCUCCCUCGGGGUGUCGGUGGCCGUCCUGAUCACCACCUGCGGGGCUGCUCUGGCAGGUGCUGGUGAUCUGACUGGUGAUCCCAUUGGGUAUGUGACUGGAGUUCUGGCUGUGUUGGUACAUGCAGGAUAUUUGGUUGUGAUUCAAAAGAUGAGUUCAGAUAGUGACUACGGGCCUCUGACAGCCCAGUAUGCCAUUGCGGUUUCAGCCACACCUUUUCUCAUCUUAUUCACCUUUGUCAGCAUGGAAGCUAUCAAUAUCUGGUCAUUCCCAGGAUGGAAAGAUCCCCUCAUGACAUUCAUCUUUUUUGCCUGUGUCUUAUUGGGCUGUGCUAUGAAUUUUACAACCCUUCAUUGCACUUACAUUAACUCAGCUGUCACCACUAGUUUUGUUGGCGUUGUGAAGAGCAUUGCAACCAUCACGGUUGGUAUGGUAGCAUUCAAUGAUGUGGAGCCAACGAAGCUGUUUAUAGCAGGCGUGGUGGUGAACACGGUAGGAUCCAUCACGUAUUGUGUGGUGAAGUUUAUUGAGACAAGAAAACAGAGUAAUUAUGAAGAUCUGGAAGAGGAACUUAGAGAAGAAGAGAAGAAAGACUGUGAUGGAGGCCAACCACCCUUUUCAAUGGAGGAGAUGCCCAAGGAGGCAGAAUCUGCAGAUCCAAUAAUAAAGGAGUCAGCAGAUGAAAAAAAACAGCAUAGCACAGAAGAGACGGGCAGCACUGGAGAAGAAGGAAAUGCUGCUGCUGUUCCAAUAGAUGGUAGUACUGAAGAACUUAACAGAAACUCACUAAAGAAUGCCUAUCUUGGAAUAUGGAGGUUAAUUAGGGGAGCCAAUUAUGCAAAGAAAGAUUAUCUAGUAGAAAAUGAAGAGUUACCAAGUCCUUGAAGAAUAAUUCUGUAAUUCUAAUCAAGAAUCAGUGUCUUUUAUUCCUUGUGGUGGGAAUAUGGAUCAACAAAUGCGUUCAUACAUUCAUAAAAAAAAAGCUUAAUGGUUUAAUGGAGAAAUGUUACCUCAUUCUAAUGAAACAAAAGCACCAGGUUCAUGCUUAGAUUCAUUGAAUUUUCAUUUUUCAGGGUACAUACCGUAUAUGCCAGCGUACAAGGUGACCCAGCGUAUAAGA